AAGGAAGAAGAAAGAAAAGAGAGAAGAAGAGAAGAAGAGAAAGAAGAGAAGAGGAGAAGAAGAAGAGAAGAGAGAAGAGAAGAGAAGAGAGAAGAAAGAAGAAGGAAGAGAAGAGAGAAGAAAGAAGAAGAGAGAGAAGAAGAGAAGAGAAGAAGAAGAGAGAGAAGAAGAAAGAGAGAAGAAAGAAGAGAGAGAAGAGAAGAGAAGAGAAGAAGAAAGAAGAAAGAGAGAAGAGAAGAGAAGAGAAGAAGAAAGAAAGAGGAAGAAGAGAAGAAAGAGAGAGAAAGAGAGAGAAGAAGAGAAGAGAAAGAGAGAAAGAAGAGAGAAAGAAAGAAAGAGGAAGAAGAGAGAAGAGAGAAAGAAAGAGAAGAGAGAGAAGAGAGAAGAGAGAGAGGAGAGAAGAAAGAAGAGAGAAGAAGAAAGAGAAGAAAGAGAAGAAGAAGAGAGGAGAGAGAGAGAGAAGAGAGAAAGAAGAGAGAGAAGAGAGAAGAAGAAGAAGAGAAAGAAGAGAAGAAGAGAGAAGAGAGAAGAGAGAGAGAAGAAAGAAGAGAAGAGAGAAGAAGAGAGAAGAGAGGAGAAGAAAGAAGAAGAGAAGAGAAGAGAGAAGAAAGAGAAGAGAAGAGAAGAAAGAGAAAGAAGGAAGAGAGAGAGAAAAGAAGAGAAGAAAGAGAAAGAGAAGAAAGAAGAGAAAGAAGAGAAGAAAGAAAGAGAGAGAGAAGAAAGAAGAAAAGAGAGAAGAGAAAGAGAGAAGAAGAGAAAGAAAGAGAAAGAGAAGAAGAGAAAGGAGAAAGAAGAAGAGAAAGGAAAGAGAGAAAAGAGAGGAGAAGAAGAAGAAGAGAGAAAGAGAAGAAGAAAGAAGAAAGAAGAGAAGAGAAAGAAGAGAAGAAGAAGAAAGAAGAAGAGAGAAAGAAAGAGAAGAAGAGAAAGAGAGAAGAGAAGGAAGAAGAGAAGAGAAAGAAAGAAAGAGAGAGAAAGAGAGAAGAAGAGGAAGGAAAGAGAAAGAGAAGAAGAAGAAGAGAAGAAAGAGAGAGAAGAGAAAGAAAGAAGAGAAGAGAGAAAAGAAAGAGAGAAGAGAAAGAGAAAGAAGAGAAGAGAGAAGAGAAAGGAGAAGAAGGAAGAGAGAGAAGAGAAGAAGAAAAGAAGAGAGAAAGAAGAGAAGAGAAGAAAAGAGAGAGAAGAAAGAAAGAAGAAGAAGAGAAGAAGAAAGAGGAGAAAGAAGAGAGAAGAGAAGAAGGAAGAAGAGAAGAAAGAAGAAGAAGAAGAAGAGAAAGAAAGAAGAGAAAGAGAAGGAAAGAGAAGAAGAGAAGAAGAGAAGAAGAGAGAGAAGAGAGAAGAAAGAGAAGAGAAAGAAAGAAGAAGAAGAGAAGAAGAAGAGAAGAAGAGAAAAGAAGAGAAGAGAAAGAGAAGAGAAGAAGAAAAGAAGAAGAGAAAAGAAGAAAGGAGAAAGAAAGGAAGAAAGAAGAGAGAAGAAAGAAAGAGAGGAAGAAAAGGAGAAAGAAGAAGAAAGAAAGAAAGAAGAGAAGAGAAGAAGGAAAGAGAAAGAAAGAGAAAAAGAAAGAAGAAGAAGAGAAGAGAGAGGAGAAGAAGAGAGAAAGAAGAGAAAGAGAAGGAAGAGAGGAAGAAGAGAAGAAGAAAGAGAAGAGAGAAAGAAGAGAAGAGAAGAAGAGAGAGAAGAAAGAAAGAAAGAAGAAGAAGAGAGAAGAAAGAAGAGAGAAGGAGAAGAAAGAGAAAGAAGAAGAGAAGAAAGAAGAAGAAGAAAGAAAGAGAGAGAAGAAGAAGAGAAGAAAGAAGAAAGAAGAAGAAAGAAGAAAAGAGAGAGAAAGAGAAGAAGAAAGAAGAAGAAAGAGAAGAGAAAGAGAGAGAAGAGAAAAGAGAAGAGAAGAAGAAGAAAAAGAAGAGAAGAGAGAAGAGAAAGAAAAGAGAGAAGAAGAGGAAGAAGGAAGAGAAGAAAAGAAGAGAAGAGAAGAAAGAAGAAGAAGAGAAAGAGAGAAGAGAAAGAAGAAAGAGAGAAGAAGAGAAAGAGAAGAGAAGAGAAGAAGAAGAGAGAAAAGAAGAGAGGAAGAGAAGAGAGAAGGAGAGAAGAGAAGAAGAGAAGAAGGAGAGAGGAAGGAAGAAAGAGAAAGAAGAAAAGAGAAAGAAGAGAAGAAAGAGAGAGAAGAGAGAAAGAAGAAAGAGAACGAAAGAGAAGAACGAGAGAGAGAAGAGAAA